CACGAAACUCUAUCAAAUGAAAUAUAUUAAAUAAGCACGCGUCCGUACUCGACAACAGUAACCUCCCAAAAGUAAGAAUGUGUAGAGUGUGUCUGUGAGAAGCGGGAGAGCUCCUAAGCGCGCUUCUUUGCCAAUACCAGUAGAUUCGAUCUGACAGUCGUACAUCUGUCGGCGAAGUAAGAACGACACGUUACGCAGACACGAUUAAUUAAGUGAACAACAUUUUGUAUCAAGGAAAAAAAAGUAGUAUUUUUUAUACAUUGAUCAUUUUAUCAAAUAUUAAUUAUAACAAAGUCGCGAUCGAGGGAUACAUUUUUCUCUCAUCUUCGUCUUGUGCUAUAUCGAUUUGAAAAAGAAACAUUACUAAACAAAUUGUUUCAGUUCAAUUUGGUGUUUUCAAUCAAUUUACGGAUCACAGUGUUACGGGUUGUUCAUAAGGAAUAAAACUAACCGGUCGACGUCCUUGGCUAAACUAAUCAUCGAUAAAUCUAAUUGAAGAAUCAAGUUUUCCUUCGGCUGGCAGAAAAGGAAAUUCAUUGGGUCGGGUGAUCGAUAAAGAUCGCAAGUGUCAUUCAGUGUUUUAUUAUACGGUGCGCUUCUUCAUUAUUUCUUCCGGAUUGUUUAUGUCUGCCUGUUUCCUUUUUCUCCUCAAACCAGCCCUGAAUUAAUAAGAUAAACAUGAAUGCGUACAAAUAACACAUCGUAUUUUUUCGCAUCUUUGUCAAUAGGAUUAUGCAAAGAGGAAUAAUAAUAAUAAUAAUAAAAAAAAACGAUGAUAUUUUGAUAAACACGAGGAAUAACUAUUGGUAAAUUAAUCAAAUUAGCGUGAACUAUCCGAUAAAAGAAAUGUUGAAAAAGUGUUGUUCCUGCUUUACGGGAUUUAAGGCUGUAUUUCAGCCUGAGGAGAAUGGUCCAACUUGGAAACCGAAAUGCACCAAACCAGAAUGCUUACCUCGUCCACCGAAUGCUUCCGAAUCAGGGGAACAUUAUGGCGUGCCGAUCUUAACGAUCCAUCAAAUCGAUCCUUGCAUAGCAGAGAAUGGAUACAAUCAUAAGACUUCGAGAUACGAAUUGAUGAACCGUAAAGGGGACGAAGCAAGACUCAUUGUUAGGCGUGGUCAACCUUUUUAUUUACAUUUCAUGUUAUCGAGAGACUACGAUCCUAAUAUCGACGGUAUUUCCCUUAUUUUUACCGUUGACGGUGUGGAGAAGCCUCAGUACGGGCAUGGCACCCUUGUCGCUAUUCCCGUUCUUAAUUCUGGAGAGUAUUCCGAGGCUUCUUGGCAAGCCAUCAUCGAGACGAUAGAACCGACCUUUAUACGAUUGAAGAUCACACCUUCCCCGAACGCCAUCAUUGGCAAAUGGAAAAUGGAUAUCGAUACUAAAAAUAGAGAAUCCGAAGGUGCGGUGAGCUACACAAUGGAACAUUCAUUUUACAUAAUUUUCAAUCCGUGGUGCGAAGACGAUACGGUGUACAUGGAGGACGAAGCUCAAAAACAAGAGUACGUAAUGUCCGAUGAUGGUUUGAUUUGGCGUGGUAGUUAUAAUCGUUUGAGACCAACCGUAUGGAAAUAUUCGCAAUUUGAACGAGAUAUAUUGGAUUGUGCUUUGUAUCUUAUGACGAAAGUUGGAAAGGUUCGAAUUUUUGGACGAAACGAUCCCGUUGUCAUAUCUCGUAUUCUUUCUGCUGCUGUAAAUUCGCCGGAUGAUAACGGGGCUGUGAUGGGUAAUUGGUCGGACGAUUACGAGGGUGGAACACCACCGACCAAAUGGAUGGGCUCGCAAAAAAUCCUUCAACAAUAUUACAAGACAAAGAAGCCUGUUAAAUAUGGUCAGUGUUGGGUAUUUUCCGGAGUAUUAGCUACGGUUUGCCGUACUCUCGGUAUACCUUGCCGAGUUGUAACCAAUUAUUCUAGCGCCCACGAUACUCAGAGUAGCUUGACGGUCGAUUAUUUCGUCGACGCGGAGGGCAAAAUUAUGGAGGAACUUAACAGCGAUUCGAUAUGGAACUUUCACGUAUGGAACGAGGUAUGGAUGAAACGUUUGGAUUUAUCGCCUGAUUGUGAUGGUUGGCAAGCAAUUGACGCGACUCCUCAGGAAUUGAGUGAAGACGCUUAUCGUUGUGGUCCAGCCUCCGUGGCUGCUGUCAAAAAUGGCGAGGUUUUACGUCCUUAUGAUAAUUCCUUCUUAUUCGCCGAGGUAAACGCCGAUAAGAUAUUUUGGCGAUACAACGGCCCAACUCAGCCCUUAAAGUUGAUACGAAAAGAUAUUUAUGGAAUCGGUCAACUGAUAAGUACGAAGGCAGUUGGUCGGUGGGCCAGAGAAGAUAUUACGAAUACUUAUAAAUAUCCUGAAAAAUCAGACGAAGAACGGGCUGCCAUGAUUAAGGCGUUGCGUCAGAGCGAAUCUCUGUUUAGUCGCUACUAUCUCAACGAAGAGUUUAAUGACGUCAUGUUCAAUUUCGAGCUUCGCGAUGAUAUUAUAAUAGGGCAACCAUUUAGCGUCGUUCUUACGAUCAAGAACCGAAGUUCUUAUCAACAAUACGAGGUGUCCGUUAUAUUAAGGGUCGAAACGGUUCUCUAUACUGGUCGCGUUGGUACUCCGGUAAAGAAACAGGAUAUUGAACGUUUGGUCAAACCUGGGGUCGUCGAAGAUAUACGUAUGGACGUUUCAUGGGAAGAAUAUGGUCCACGAUUGUUGGAUCAAUGUGCCUUCAAUAUCGCCUGUUUGGCUACGGUCAAAGAUACCAACUAUGAGUAUUUUGCUCAGGAUGAUUUUCGCGUGAGAAAGCCGGACAUAAAAAUUGAGUUAAUGGGCGACCCUGUAGUAGGGCAGAAAUUCGAUGCAAAGGCCAAAUUUAAAAAUCCAUUACCUAUUCCUCUGAAAAAAGGCAGAUUUUUAAUCGAAGGGCCCGGCUUGGACCAACAAUUAAAAAUCAAAUUAACCGAACAUGUCGAAGUUGAUGCCGAUGCAGAAUGUGCCUUCUCCAUGACGCCAAAACAUGAAGGAAGAGCAACAAUCGCUAUUAAAUUCUAUUCGAAGGAGUUGGAGGACGUUGAUGGAUUCAUCAACUUUAUGGUAAAGCCUGAGAAAGAGUCUCCCAGUAACUACAAUUGAUGCUACUACAAAUUUUUGGGAAUAUUCUUACGUCGUUAAUAGGUUAACCAUCAUUUUUGUGCAUUGAAAAGGGAAGUUUUAUCAUAAUGGAUGAAAAAGAGUACACUCACUAUGUACAGUAUAAAAAUAUGCAGAGCAUAUUUAUUAUUUCCGCUGGAUAGAUCAUAUAUUUUUGGAUACAUAUAUUUAGAAAAGAUUUAUAUUUUUUCCUUAAGCAUACGUGAAAAAUUGUAUAUGUAUAUA